CAUAGUUACUGCUAGGUCUCAGUUGUGGACGGUGCUCGCAUGGCUCCGGUGUAACGAUUUCUCGCUGCUGUGAGGGAGAGAAAGUACAGAAGAACAACAGAACAAUUUCAGAAUCUAAAAAGAAAACAAGUGCAUAAAGGAAGCUCACUUUUUGCGUUGGGAAAUCUGUGGCGGUUUUUCUUUCCAAAAAGUUUUGCUCUCUGUCCUUGCAUGUUUAAAUCGGAGAGGAAUAUUAGUGCCGUGAGUCGGCCAGACGUCUAGUUAUAGAGCAAGCGGCAACAUCAACAAGACGGCAUGAUUUUGCGACGGAGAUCAGUGUUUGCAGCUUUUUACUAUCAUGCCUUUUUACUGUGUUUGUGUGCGAAGGUGUCUGACGCAUCGGGACAAUUCGAGUUGCAAAUCUUAUCGAUGCAGAACGUGAAUGGCGAAUUGCAAAACGGCUUGUGUUGUGAUGGGACAAGGAACACGGAGGACCGAAAGUGCAACAGGGAUGAAUGUGAUACUUAUUUCAAAGUUUGUCUGAAGGAAUACGUGCGUCGUGUCGCUGCGGUUGCUGGGCCUUGUAGUUUUGGAACUGGAUCUACGCCCGCACUCGGAGGGAAUACAUUUUCUUCGAAAACCACAUUGAGGAAUGAAAAAUCCAGGAUAGUCUUGCCCUUCAGCUUCGCUUGGCCGAGAUCUUAUUCGUUGAUAGUGGAAGCCCUGGACUUUGAUAACGACACCACAAGUGGAAGCUCCUUGGGGAAGAUCAUUGAGAAGGCCCAGCAUUCGGGCAUGAUCAACCCCAACCACCCGUGGCAGAAGCUGUCCCACGACGGCAACGUGGCCCAGUUUGAGUACCAGAUCCGGGUCACUUGCGACGAGCACUACUACGGCUUUGGCUGCAACAAGUACUGCCGACCCCGCAGCGAUUUCUUUGGCCACUUCAACUGCGACCAUAAUGGCAACAAGACCUGUCUAGAUGGAUGGUCAGGCCGUGACUGCAGCAAAGCUAUUUGCAAACAAGGCUGCAGCACUGAGCACGGUGACUGUGAGCAACCAGGUGAAUGUCGGUGCCAGUAUGGCUGGCAAGGGCCAUUCUGUGACAAGUGCAAGCCUCACCCAGGAUGCCAGCAUGGGACCUGUAUCGAGCCGUGGCAGUGCCUCUGUGACACCAACUGGGGUGGACAGCUCUGUGACAAAGACCUGAACACCUGUGCAACCCGGCAGCCAUGCCAGAACGGAGGGACCUGCAGCAACACAGGGCCGGACAAGUACCAGUGCUCGUGCCCUGAGGGCUACUCAGGAGUCAACUGCGAGAGAGCGGAGCACGCCUGCCUCUCCAACCCCUGUUCCAACGGAGGGAGCUGCGUAGAGAACAGCCAGGGGUACGAGUGCAAGUGUGCCCCGGGAUGGAGCGGCCCGUCCUGCACCACCAAUAUUGACGAGUGCAGCACCAACCCAUGUAAUCAUGGUGGCACCUGCCAAGACCAGGUCAACGGGUACAAGUGCUUGUGUCCAUCUCAGUGGACUGGGAAAGUCUGUCUCAUAGACGCCAACGAAUGCGAGGAGCGACCCUGCAAGAACGCCAAGAACUGCCGCAACCUGAUCGGAAGCUACUUCUGCGAGUGUCUGCCCGGCUGGACCGGUCAGAACUGUGACACCAAUAUAAACGACUGCCAUGGCCAGUGCCUGAAUGGAGGGACUUGCAGGGACUUGGUCAAUGGCUACCGCUGCGUCUGUCCCCCAGGCUACUCUGGGGAGAACUGCGAGAAGGACAUCGAUGAAUGCGCCAGCAGUCCGUGCUUGAACGGUGGCCGCUGUCAGGACGAGGUCAACGGCUUCCAGUGCCUGUGCCUGGCUGGUUUCUCAGGUAACCUGUGUCAGCUGGACAUCGAUUACUGCGAGCCCAAUCCAUGUCAGAACGGAGCCCCAUGUUUCAACCUAGCCUCUGACUACUUCUGCAAGUGCACAGACGACUAUGAGGGCAAGAACUGCUCGCACCUAAAAGACCAUUGCCGCACCACAGCUUGCCAAGUCAUUGACAGCUGUACUGUUGCGGUGAAGUCUAACAGCACCCCCGAGGGCGUACGCUACAUCUCGUCAAACGUGUGCGGUCCCCACGGACGAUGCCGGAGUCAGGCUGGCGGGCAGUUCACCUGCGAGUGCCAGGAGGGUUUCAGGGGCACCUACUGUCACGAGAACAUUAACGACUGCGAAAGCAACCCAUGUGAAAACGGUGGAACGUGUAUCGACAAAGUCAGUGUGUACAAGUGCAUCUGUGCCGACGGCUGGGAGGGUGACCACUGCGAAAUCAACAUUGACGACUGCCGCCUGAGCCCUUGCCUUAAUAAAGGGACAUGUCAAGACCUGGUGAACGACUUCUACUGCGAAUGCAGGAAUGGCUGGAAGGGAAAAACCUGCCACUCCCGUGAAAGCCAGUGCGAUGAGGCAACCUGCAACAACGGGGGCACCUGCCUGGAUGAGGGGGACAACUUCACCUGCAAGUGCUCCCCGGGCUGGGAGGGCGCCACCUGCAACAUUGCAAAGAACAGCAGCUGCCUGCCCAACCCCUGUGAGAACGGAGGGACGUGUGUGGUGAGCGGAGACUCCUUCACCUGCGUCUGCAAGGAGGGCUGGGAAGGCCUCACCUGCACAGAGAAUACCAACGACUGCAAUCCACACCCAUGCUAUAACAGUGGAACAUGUGUGGACGGAGACAACUGGUACCGCUGUGAGUGCGCCCCGGGGUUCGCCGGUCCAGACUGUCGCAUAAACAUAAACGAGUGCCAGUCUUCUCCCUGUGCUCCUGGCUCCACCUGUGUGGACGAGAUCAACGGCUAUCGCUGCCUGUGUCCAUCUGGACGCACCGGAAUACAGUGUCAGGAAGUUACCGGUCAGCCUUGCCUUAUCAAUGGACAUGUCAUGACGGACGGCAGGAAGUGGGAGGAGGAUUGCAACACCUGCCAGUGCAUGAGUGGGAAAGUCAUCUGCACCAGGAUGUGGUGCGGCCCCAGGUCCUGUCGGAUCAGCGGUAAAGGCAGAGGAGGGUGCCCCAUGGGUCAGCAGUGCGUGCCCAUUAAGGAGGACCAGUGUUUCAAAAAGCCGUGCCUCGACCUGGGAGAGUGCUGGCCCAGCGUCGCUCCGCCGCCACCCUCCAAAUGCCACCCCGGCUCCACUUACCAAGACAACAGCUGUGCCAACAUCAUAUUCACAUUCAACAAGGACAUCAUGCCUCCUGAGGGCAAGAGCAUUGAGAACAUUUGCAACGAGCUGAGGAAUCUCUACCUGGUGAGAAACCUGUCCGUAGAGCACUCGGUGACCAUCACCUGUGAGCCGUCGCCUUCAGCGAGCAACGAGAUCCACGUCAGCAUUUCAACUGAUGAGCCCAGGAUGGACCGGAGCCCUGUGAAAGAGAUCACCGACUGGAUCAUCGACCUGGUGAGCAAGAGGAAUGGCAACAACUCCAUCAUCGCUGCCAUCACAGAAGUCCGCGUGCACCGGAGACCUAGCAAAACCGACUACCUGGUCCCCUUGCUCAGCUCCAUCUUCAUUGUCGUCUGGAUUCUGGCUUUGGCCUCUGCCUUCCUCUGGUGCAUCCGUCGCCGCCGGAAACAGAGCAGCCAUGGCAACACGGCAGCCUCAGCAGCUGCCGAGGACAACACGACCAACAACGUGCGUGAGCAACUCAACCAGAUCAAGAAUCCCAUCGAGAAGCACGGCGCCCACACCGUGGCUAUAAAAGACUAUGAGGGCAAGAACUCCAUAAUCGCCAAAAUUAGGACACACAACCCCGAGGCGGAGGAUGAGGACGUGGACAAGCACCUGCAGAAGGCCCGGUUCACCAAGCAACCGGCCUACACGCUCGUGGAAAGGGAAGAGCGCACGUCCAAUAAAAACCCAAACUGGACUAAUAAGCAAGACAACAGAGACUUGGAAACAGCACAGAGCUUAAACAGGGUGGACUAUAUUGUAUAGCAGGCAACUGUGUUGUCAUGCAAAAACCAAAACCCUACAAGCCCCCGGAAAACCCAAUUCCGCCUUCCUGUUCCAUGUUUUGGCAAUGGGGACGAGGCCAAGGGUAUGAGGGGAUGUGUAGUUCUUAAACUGUUUCGUCAUAUUCUUGACUCUAAGGUUAUUAUUUGCAUAGAAUCCCUGUGUUAAUUUAAGUUUUGACAAGCUGGUUUACACUGGCUAUUGAUAGUUGCUGUGGUUGGCCGGAUUACCAAGUGCUGCAUUUCACAUAUAUGCAAAAAAAAAAUAGUUUCAAGUACCCUCCUGCCACAUUUCAAACAUUGAACAGGCGGAUAUGUGAGUGUAUCUUGGCAUUAUACCCCUGACACAGUGUAUUUUGCAACACGUUUGCAAGUAUUACUUUUUAUAUAUAUAUAUUGUUUAUUUUGACUAAAAGCUAAAAGGACAUGGAGAGUCCAGGUUACGUGGAAGGGCUCUCUGAUUGGUUCACCAUGGUUACGUACAGAAAGUGCCCUUACAGUUUCACACCACAGCAACCAUCAGAAAUGAAAAUAAUAAUGAAAAAAAAAAACUUUAUUAUUUAUUAUUUUUUUUCUUGGGGCGGGUUGGGUCUGUCGGCAGUCGCUGCCAUAUGAAGAAUUUCAAAGUGUCAAUCUAGAUCAUUUUGUGUAGAUAUGUACAUUUUCCAAUUAAUCACUGUGUAUAUUUGAUUUAUUAACUUAAUAAUCAAGAGCCUUAAAAUACCAUUCCUUUUUUAUUUAUAUGUACUGUCUAGGUUUGAAGGUUUUGAUAGCUUUGUAAGCUUACAGCUUUUUUUAUUUUUGAUGACAACUUUGUUUUGUGUUUCAAAAUGCCAAAAUUUAUAAAAGACCAAACGUCUUGGUCUUUAUACAAAAAAAAAAAAUCAGAUGUGUAAAAGGUCUAUCUUUCACAUUCAUAUUGUCAGGACUUCUUUUUUUUAAGUACGAAAAGCAAGUGAGAAAGGAAAAAUAAUCUACAGAAAAUGGCUGCUUUGCAGUUUUUACUUAUAACGCAGUGGCAGACAGAUUGCUUGCCACAAAUAUAAGACGGCAAUUGCUUUAAGGGAACAAUAAUCUUCAGCAGCUUAUUGGUUGCCCACUCACGACAAACCCCAUGACAAGCAAAACUGUCCGUCUGCUUUGUGCCUGAGGUAACACAUGCUUCACUAUGCUGCACCAUUUCACUUCUCUGGCUUUAGAUUGCAUGACGUCAUAAGCUAGGCAUUGAAUACUUGAACAGUAAAGGGGCCAAUGGGAACACUGUAGAAAACUGCCUUGCUCUUUGGUAGUCUGUUAUACCCUCUUUUUUGCUGUGUACAUGGACUGUUUGUGUUUUUUUAUUUUUUAUUUUUUUAAUUUUUUUUAAAAAAGGCUCUUCAUUUAAAAAAAAAAGGCAACCCUUAAUAUUUCGUUCAUUUGUAAAAAUCCUUUGAAACCACAUUGACAUUUUGUGUCCAACUUUUGACAUUAGUGUUAAAACUUCAGAAUGUUUUUUUUUUUUAGGUGUUCCUGGCAAUAUUUUUUUUUUUUUUUUUUUUGAAAAGUCAUAUUUAUUAAAUAUUUUGUAUGAAAAGAGAAUUAAAAGUUGUUCAAAA